AUGUUGUUUCGACCUGCCAAAAUUCGCACCAAUAGGUUUAUCAAUGAACCAUUAUUAGAUUAUGCACCAGGCAGUAAAGAAAGGAAAGAGUUGGAAGGGGUACUUGAGAAAUACAAUAACCAAGUUGCUGAUAUUCCUAUAGUAGUGGGUGACAAGGAGAUUAAAGAUGGGAAGGAAUUGUUUCAAGUAUCACCUCAUGAUCAUCAGCAUAAAGUUGCCAAGUACAGACAUGCCAGCAAGGAUAUCAUAAAACAAGCAAUUGAAUCCAACUUAAAAGCCAGAAAGGAAUGGGAGAGGACACCCAUAGAAAAGAGGGCCGAUAUAUUUUUAAAAGCAGCUGAUUUAAUGGCAGGAAAGUACAGAGCUGAUCUUUUAGCAACAACUAUGAUCGGUCAGUCUAAAAAUAUCUGGCAAGCUGAAAUUGAUGCAGCAUGUGAACUGAUUGACUUUUUGAGAUUUAAUAUUACCUUUUCUCGAUUGGUGACAGAAUAUCAACCAAUUAGUCCUGAUAAAGGCAUCAAAAACUCUUCUGUUUACAGAGGCAUGGAGGGUUUCUGGGCAGCUGUUACACCUUUCAAUUUCACAGCCAUUGGUGGACAUCUACCUUCAGCCCCUGCUAUGAUGGGAAAUGUGGCGUUAUGGAAACCAUCUGAUACAGCCAUGCUUUCAAAUUAUACAGUUUUCAAAAUAUAUAGAGAAGCUGGUUUACCUGCUGGAGUGAUCAACUUUGUACCAGCUGAUGGACCAACUUUUGGUGAUACAGUUGUGUCUUCCCCAGAUCUUGCUGGUAUUAAUUUUACUGGUAGUGUAAAGACAUUCAAACAUUUGUGGAAACAAGUAGCAAAUAAUUUAGACAAUUUCAGAUCCUAUCCUAGGAUGAUUGGUGAAUGUGGAGGGAAAAAUUUCCAUUUUAUUCAUCCAUCAGCUGAUGUUGAAUCAGUUGUAAAUGGUACAAUCAGAGGUGCCUUUGAAUUCAAUGGUCAGAAGUGUUCAGCCACUUCUAGGAUGUAUGUUCCAGAAUCAUUAUGGCCAAAGAUUAAAGAUGGUUUAUUAAGUAUCCAUAAAGAGAUUAAAACUGGUUCACCCUUACAGAAAGAGAAUUUUGUCACUGCAGUAAUUGAUGAUAAAGCCUUUGCUAGAAUUGAAAGUUAUCUUAACCAUGCCAAGAAUUCUCCCAACACCACAAUAUUAGCAGGUGGUACUUGUGACCAGUCUGAAGGUUAUUUUGUACAACCCACUAUUAUUCAAACCACUGAUCCCAAUGAUAAAUUGAUGAAAGAGGAAAUAUUUGGUCCAGUUUUAACCAUGUAUAUCUAUCCAGAUAAUAAAUGUAUGGAAACAGCAGAUUUGGUUACCAAGACAUCUCCAUUUGCAUUGACUGGGUCUAUUUUUGUAAAGGAUCAGAAAGCUAGAGAGGUUCUCAUUGAUAAAUUCAGGGAGAAUGCAGGUAAUUUCUAUAUUAAUGAUAAGUCAACCGGGUCUGUGGUGGCUCAGCAACCAUUCGGUGGAACGAGAAUGUCUGGUACAAAUGAAAAGGCUGGUGGUCCUCACUAUUUAUUGAAGUUUGUUUCUGUACAGGCAGUGAAAGAAACAUCAGUUCCUCUUUCUGCCUGGAAGUACCCUUCUAUGGAAGAAUAA